AUGUCCGCUGCCGCGGCUCUCCGGCCGACGGAGUCACUUCCCCUCCCGAGCGGGCUCUCCCUCUCGCCGCGCCUCAAGCUUCUGCUCACCUUCUUCCGCGCCGACCUCACCGUCCGGCCCCUCGACGAGUGGCAGCUCCAGUCCGCCCUCCUUGCCUUCCUCCGCGACCCGCCUCUCUCCCUCCCGCUCCUCCCCGACUCUGACCUCUCCGUGAGCCGCCUCCCUGACCUCCAGAAACGCCGCCGCGAGGAGCCCGUAGCCUCUGGGGUCCUCCACGUCCGCGACCUCUCCUUCCUCCGCCCCCGCGAGGGCGACGGCGAGGCCGAGGAGAUGACCCGGGAGCAGGAGGAGGAGAAGUACUUCGAGUGGCGGAGCACCCUGGUCCAGAAGCUCGAAGGCAUCGAGCUCAACCUCGAGGGGGUGAAGUUCCGGAUGACCGUUGAGAUCCCGUCGUCCGACGACUUCAGAACUAUGAAGAAGACAUGGGAGGAUUUCUACUCCUCCGAGCUACUGAAUAGCAGGAAUCCUGUGAGAAAGAUAGCAAAAAGGCCAGACACCAUUAUUGUCCGUGGUGUGCCUUCCAGAUGGUUUGCAGAGACAAGAGUAUCAUCCAAACCUUCCACGCUGGUCACCCACACUAUUUUCUCAGCGCUUGGUAAAAUAGGGAACCUAAAGAUUGCCAAUGAUGACGAGAUAGAAGCAAAAGGAGAUGGAGCCAAUAAGGAGCUCAUAUCUGGACUUAAUUGCAAAGUUUGGGUGCAAUUUGAGAACUAUGAUGACUUCGACGAUGCAAUGAAGGCAUUAUGUGGACGCUCUUUAGAGAAGGAAGGAUCACGGUUGAAAGUAGACUAUGACGUGACUUGGGACCAUGAAGGUUUCUUUCGCAUUGCUCAAUAUGAGCCAGCCCGUAACAAUUUAGGGGAGAGGGAUUCAUCAGUGUCGGUUCAUGGCCGGAGGAAACAUCACACUUCACGAAUUGAGUCAGAUUAUAGGAAGAGAUUCAGGGAUUGA